CCCACCUCUUGCUGUAACCGUGGUGCGCUCGAGCAGCUCUAAUAGUGUAGUAGUUGUAGAAACGCGUGCCGCAUCGUUUCCUCGUGAUUCCUGGGGAGUCUGUGCCAACGCGUGCGCGAAAUGGACUUACUAGGGAAUGGAAGCAACAUUUACCACAUUUGUCACGUUAUUGUCGACACGUUUCUCUUCAAGGCUGAUGGUUUUGGCGGUUCCUUAGGAUUUCGAGAGAAAAAGAGCGUGAAAAAGUGUCCCGCGCGCUCUUCGAUUCAACAUCUUCGCGUUUCCCUCCAAAACAACAAAUUUACGAGCCAAAACAAAGACGAAAUAAAACAGAAUAGGCUGUUUGCUGCUCGAAUGAAAGGCUUAGGGUGGAAAAGAGGGGGGUUGAAUAUUAAAAGCACUUAAGUGUAAAAAUACAUCUUUAAUUAUUGAUUUAUUUUUUAAACGAACACUAGCUGUGGAUUUCAUAUUUUAAAUUUAAAUUUGAUUAAGGACCAUUGUUGUAAAUUAAAAAGCAUUGGAGAUCUUCACUGUACUACUGUAGUGUAAAUCAUAGUGCGCACAGAUUUGAUCUAAACCAGAUCAGCUUCAUUGGGACUGCGGGUAUCAAACAUCCCACAGCGGAUAGACUGGAGAUCUGCCUCACAAACAAGUGCAAAAAAUCUCCCUCAAAUGGUCGCUAAAAUGGUUGCAUUUAGCCCGCUGUAUCUUUCACUGAAGCUUAAAUUAAUGUGAUUCACGUGCGAGAGAUUUGGCGCAGCGACCCAAAGGAAGAGCUGGAUGCUUCACCCGCAACAUGGAAAAGCAGGAGGACACACUGCUGCAUCCCAGAAAUAUAACACAACCAGGAGCCUUUGGAAAUUCAAAGGAUUUUAGCGUGCAUCUGAACACUUUAUAGGUGGAUUUAUGCGGAUAAACAAUCAAUGCGAUGGAGACGGAGAUGGACGGAGAACUACUUUAUUGAGCACGAGGAGCGGAGUUUCCAAAGCAGCAGCUCGAGAGGAUCCGUGCCUUUGAUAAUGAGAAAUGGAUCAAGUGAGCUGGAGGUCUUGGAUUGUCCUGAAGGCGCAGCUCUAGAGGGUCCAUGUCAUUGCAUUGGUCGCUGUCCACUGCGCCCGUGGUGCUGAAAUCUGGAUGAUGCCGGCGCAGCGACUGCAUUGCUGCCGCUCCCUUCACAUUAACGAAGACAAUGGGCGCUUUCUGCUGCUCGCUGUGCUCAUCAUCGUGUACCUGCUGUGUGGCGCUGCGGUGUUUUCCGCCAUCGAGAGGCCGUCUGAGAUGCGAGCACACCGGCGCUGGAACCGGACUCUCCUGAACUUUAGCGAUACGUUCAAUAUCAGCUUACAAGAUCUGGGCGCUUUCCUGAAAGAGUACGAGGCUGCGAUUGCUGCUGGAGUUCGGGUCGAUGCCCUUCGACCCAGAUGGGAUUUUACAGGGGCGUUUUAUUUUGUUGGGACAGUGGUGUCUACUAUUGGAUUCGGGAUGACCACGCCUGUGACAGUAGCUGGAAAGGUGUUCUUGAUCUUCUACGGUCUGUUAGGUUGUGCGGCCACCAUCCUGUUCUUCAACCUGUUUCUGGAGCGCAUCAUUACCCUGCUGGCCGUGGUGAUGAAGGCCGUGCGUCUGCGCCGUCUGCGGACCAGUGGUCUCCUCCCGCCGGGGAUCUGCCAGGACUUUGCUGCGAGUACGUUGCCCGGUUGGAAACCCUCGGUGUACCACGUGAUGCUAAUUCUGGGUUUAUCAUCCAUCGUGAUCUCCUGCUGCGCGUCGGCCAUGUACACUCCAGUCGAAGGUUGGGCUUAUCUGGACUCGCUGUACUUCUGCUUCGUCACUUUCAGCACCAUUGGUUUCGGAGAUUUGGUGAGCAGCCAGAAUGCUGCGUACGGCUACCAAGGACUUUACCGCUUGGCCAACUUCAUCUUCAUCUUGACUGGAGUAUGUUGCAUCUACUCGCUCUUCAACGUCAUCUCCAUCGUCAUCAAGCAGGUCCUCAAUUGGAUGCUGGAGAAAAUGAGUUGCUUGUGCUGCCAGCACUGCAACAAAGCCAACGGUUUCUUGGGACGCCGCAAUGCCAUCAGGCCCGGCUCGCGCCUCAGACGCGGACGCUUCGGUCGAACGCCGGACUCGGACAAACCUUGCGACAGCGACACAGAGGGACGCAGGCUCUCGGGCGAGAUGAUCUCCAUGCGGGACUUGACAGGAUCCAAUAAAAUCUCGCUGGCCAUUAUGCAGAAACAGCUGUCGGAGUCAGCCAAUGGAUAUCCCAGAACGGUUUGUGGAAGUUCACGUCAGAAUGGCUUUUCCGGUGGCGUCGGUGCUUUGGGCAUCAUGAACAACCGAUUAGCAGAAACCAGUGACUCUAGGUAGAAAACGAUUGUUUUUAGUGGUAAAACCUCUCCAACUCUCUCUGGAUGUUGAGCGAUUGGGGUUGGCGAUGUACAUUUUUGAGCUUGUGCAGAACAGCAUGGCAUGCAUGAACUGUAUAGGAUAUCCUUUAGGGUUUUUGGAUCGUGACUUGCUAAGAUGUGUGCUAAGAAUGCGUGCUAGGAAGUAACGGUGCACUCAAAUCAUGUUGGAGAGAUCGUAUUUACUGUAUAAGUUGAAAGGACAUGAGUGCCACUGAAAAAUCACAAUUACGAGUGGGAAAUGAGAAAAGUCCCAUGCUGGGAUCGUUUCAGUGAGAAAACAAGUCAGAUGCAAUGAAUGCAGCAUCUGCAUUAAUGGCUCAAAUUAAUACAAUUAUUUAUUUUUUAUCUUAGUUGCAUGCAUAAAAUACCAUAGUAAAGUUCAAUUACAAUACAAUUAUAUUUGAAUAAAAACAUAAAAAGCAACAUACCUGAUGCAAAUUCUUUAGUCAUAAUUUUGCAGUAAAAAAAAGAAUUAAUGCAUUUAUGUAUAAUGCAUUAUAAAGUGUUCAAAAUGUAUUCAGAUUAUACCUUUUCGUAAAAUGCAUUAUAAUAUUUGCAGGUUUGCAAGUAUUUACAUAGAUAUCAUGUAUUAUAACUGUAACCACAGUUAGUCAUGAGAUCAUACAGUGCAUUACAAUGCAUUAAAAAUACUAUUAUAAAGCAUUAUAUAUAAAGGCUUCAAAGAUAUUUGAAUGCACAUGAUGUCGUAAUUGCGGCUUUGCAACUCAUAAAUAUGAAUUCCCAGGAGGAUUUGAAUGCACCAUAUUAUAGUAAUUAAACGCCACAAACUCUGAUUACCUGAAUCAUAUUUUCUUGAAUUUAUCAACAAUAAUGUACUACCGGAGCUAACCCUAAACAAAUGCUCUAAAGUUAGACUUGACUAAGUGGCUAUUCAUAGGAGAUGAGUAGAGCUUGUCUAAUCUCAAAUAAGUAAAAGUAGCAUUGUAUUUACUUACAGCACACUCGAUUUACAACUAUGCACCAUCUCCAUGUCUCAAACAUAUUCAUUGUUAGUCUUGGGCUGCAUCCCAGUUUGCAUACUUAUGCUGUGCACUAAAAGUAUGUACUUCUCUGCUCAAUGGAAAGUCCAUUCUCAGUAUUUGGACAAUUGGACAAUGUCUCAUGUUUGCACAGUGUCCCUUAUUUUGUACAGUUUGUGUCUUAACAUCCAGCUAAAUUCAGUACCUGCAUUAUUAUGUUUCUUUUAGGUUCAUGCAACUAACAAAAUAUUUUAAUCUAUAAUUCUCUGGCACUCCUUUUUGACAAAAAGUCAAAAGAGUAUUAUUAAAAACUCUCCUCUUCCAUAGGGCAACACAACAAAAAUUAAUACUUAAUUGUUUAUUUAUCAGAUCUUUAUGGUUAAAACAUCUAAAAAUCCUUAAAACAGCAUGAAUUUACUUAGCAAUACUCCGCAACAUAUCAAAACUCACUGAACUGUCAGAUUUUUCAGUUGUUUUAAAUUAUAUAAUUUUUAGUUAUAGUUUUAUAGUGACAGAAUAUACGAAGAAACAACACAAUACAUAUAUAUAAUAUCUCAUGCAAUGUUGCUUUUCAAGUAAAUGUAUUAUGUUUCAAGCAUUAUUGGAAAACAAAACUACUACUUAAUACAUUAUUACUAUUACAAAAAAAUGUCAGUCUUAUGAAUCAUUUCAACAUCACUUUUGACCUCGAACACUAUAUGUGAGCUAGUAUGCAGCAUUAAUUAAAGACACAUAGAACAAGGCUUAUUUCUAUAGCUACAAAUGAUGACUUUAUGCAGAUUAGAGAGCUGGGAGGUUGGAAAUUUGUACAGUAUAAGCGACUGCGUUUACUGUACCCCUUCAAAUCUCUGUUGUUGCAAAGAGAAGCCACUGUUUGAAAAGUUCAGCUGAGGGUUUUACACCCUCACAGUAAUAUGAUGAGGUUCACCAAUGAGCUGAGCAGAGGAACUUCAAAGCCAAACUAUGUGCUUCCCCAAAGAGGAGAGAAGAGGAGCUGAAGAGAUGGAGUGAGACAGAGUGAAGGAGAAUAAAAUGAAGAAGCCCUGAGAGAGAUAGAGAAUAUGAGCCAUCUAUCAGCACAGAACUAGACUUCCAGCGGAGCUCGUGUUCAUCUGCAGACCGAAUGUUAGUGCCCUCAACCCCUCCUCUAUCAUCUUAUUAACACUGUCUAUAUCCUCUCAGAUGGUGUUUGCUACACCUGCCCUUGCUUGGUAGGAUGCAUAAUAUCAUGCCUGGUGUUGAACACACUACAGAGCAGUCUUAGUUGUUGAAUAACCAUUUAGAAGAAGUUUAGGCAAUUAUGCAAUGCUAUAUUCAGUGUUUCUGCGGGUCUUAAAAAUCCCCUUAAAGCCACAAAUGAAGGCCUUUAGUCAGAGCAGAAAGUCUUCAAUUCAUAAAGGCAUGACAUUAUAUGUUGUAGGCAUUGCAAAAAAUAAAAUAAAAGAUAGGUUAUUUUUGAAAGAUGUUCUAAAUCAAUAUGACUAUAAAUCAAGUUAGAUUUACUUGAGAUGCAAAUGUAAAAAUGAAGUCUUGAAAAUUUUAAGAAAAUUGAGUUAAUGCUUAAUACAUGAACAAAUAUGAAAAGCAUAACUUUUUUGCAAUGUACUGCAAGUUAUUACAGAAAGUACAUUUAGGUAUUGCAUAAGCAGAAACCCAUAUUGUAGUGUUUACAUGCACACUCCUACACUGGUGUGCUUAAAAAGCACAUUUGAUUUGAGAUUUGCAUGCAAUUUUGGUGAGAAUUUUAGAUGAUUUUCUUCUUAUUGGCAUCAAAAACUAAACCAGACAUGUGCAACUGAAUAAAGUAAAACAAAAAUGUGUGCUUAAAUCUACAGUGAAGCAAUCUGUAAAAAUCAGUUUUGCUAAAAUAGUUUACAAUCUUCACAGUUAAAAGAACAAGUUGAGUAAUUCAAGAUAUUAGAUAAUGCAUGUAAAUGCACUCAUUAACAUCAGUUUUCCCCAUUAUUUUGAUUGCUUUGCAUUUAAACUGCAUAAACAACAAUCUGUCAGCUUAUCAUCUGAUCAUUACAUAGUGCCAUGUAAACAAGACUUUCUUGUGUUGGUGGUUUAAUGAUUCGCACAAACUCCUUUUUAUAAUAAUCACUAUUUUAUUGUGCAUGUAAACAAACUCAUAAGCUACCAUAAAGUACAUUUUUGAGCCAUUCUGCACUCCCACUGGUUGAAGUCUAAUUAAAGUCAAAUGCACAAACAAACUCGCUCAUGUUGCCUCAAAUCACCAACUUUCAUUGCAAAACUCUGCCAAUGCAAACUCCCUUUCCCUCAAAUGAUAAAUCAAACUGCUUAAACAAAACAAAGAAUAUUGGUUGAAGAAUUUCAAUAGCUGAGGUGUCAUGCAGUAUUUGUGUGUGUAGCAGACAGAAACAGAUGCUAGUGUUCUGCAAACCCUUAAAUCCUGACAUGGUAAGAGUAGAAGAGGGAGAAAGACGGGAGACGAGAGGGAAUCCAGUCCCUCAGGUGUGAUGAGGAAUCAGCACAGAUGUAGUUUCCAUUAGCUAGCUCUCUGCUGGUGAUCUAUAGCAUCUCUGCUUAGCUCUCUUCUGCUCCAGGGAACAACAGCACGCAUCUGCAUUGACAACACACACACACACACACACACACACACACACACACACACACACACACACACACACUCCCUCCCUUAGCAUAGCACAGUUCACACUCUUUAAGUGAAUACCUGUAUGUAACUCACUGUAAAUAGUCAAGCUGAACAAUUUCUGAUUCUCUUUGCAUAUUGCAAAGGAAGAAGAUCGUGGCUCUUGCUUAUAUUAUACAACCUCAGGUAGUUUAUUCUUCUGAUGUAGUUUUUUGCAUGCUACUAUGGUAAAGCCAUACAAGAGGCACUUGUAUCUGUUAUAGGUCUAUUUUUAUAUUCAGAUAUGAUAAUGUAAUAUCUUGCGGUGAUGGUGAGCUUUAAAGGAACAAACGACUUGAUUAAAUGUGCUUCAUGUAAUGAAAAUUAGGGGUUGGCAGUAUGAACAAAAUAUAACAUAUUAUGAGUAAGAUUCAGUACAUAUUAUGAAAUUCAACUAAAAGUUGUUUAUAUAUUAAAUUACAAUAAUGCUUAUUUUUAGAUAAUCCAUUGAAUUAGAAAAUGUUGAUCAUCUGAUUGGUUUCUCUGAUGUAAAAUCCAGAUUUAACUGAUGACUGUUUUUUUAUUUUUUUAUUUGCUAUAUACUUAUUUAUUAUUUAUAUACUAUUAUAGAUUUAUAAAAAAAAAUAUUUUAUUUUUUUUAUUUUUAUUUUAUUUUAAUGUUAUUAUUUUGUGUUAUUAUUUGGUAUCAUUCUUAUUUUAAUGUAUUAUUUCAGUUCAUUUUAUUUAUUUACAGGUUGUAAUUUUAGUAUUUAAAUGUGAACUUCUAAUAUUUGUUUACAUUUAAUUUUUUUUGUAUUAUUUAGAUUUUAUUUAAUCUUUGUUUUAAAUGUUUGUAAUAGUUCGUUUUAAUUAACGAAAACAAUGACUAUACCGUCAUACCGCUGACCCCUAAAGAAGCCCUACAAAUCUCACAUCAAAUUUGUAGAAAACCACACGUUACAUGAUGAACAUAUCAUUGCACAUGAGUGAUGCACAUGAAAAGAGGGUUUGAGAUGUAAAGCAGAGCUGUGCUAACAAUGCAACUCAAAGAGAAGGAAUGUGUUUUUACAAGCCUGAAGAUGCAUUAAAAUAUAUCAAAUAAAUUUAAGUUUGUUCUCUUAUAAUGCAUGCAUGGAUCAAUAUCAACUGCCUUAUUUUGUUCCUCAACCAUGUAACUAUAGAUCUGACUUACUCUGUACAGUAAAUCUUUUGCAUUUUGCAAAAUGUAUCUCCAUUGAUUGCAGUGGAUCAAACUGAACUGAAGUCCGGGAAUUUCACAGUUAACUAUCUAUCUAUCUAUCUAUCUAUCUAUCUAUCUAUCUAUCUAUCUAUCUAUCUAUCUAUCUAUCUAUCUAUCUAUCUAUCUAUCUAUCUAUCUAUCUAUCUAUCUAUCUAUCUAUCUAUCUAUCUAUCUAUCUAUCUAUCUAUCUAUCUAUCUGUCUUUUUUGUAGCCGUUGAUACGGACUCAAUUAACUCAUCGAUCAUUAUUCAUCUUUAUGUUUUUAACAGCAAUAUGAAGCCAAACAAGGUCGUUAGAUUUUACGCUGGUGUGUGAGGUGGAAACCAGGUUUAGAUUAUGACUUAUUGUUGGUAAAUGCAGAAAAAUACAUCACUCUAUAGAGAAUGGUGUUUAUAAAGGUUACUCUAAAGGUGGGACAAGUAUUAGAAAUUUCUGACACUUGUUUCAUGUUGUGUCAUGUUUGUGAUCUCAAAAUAAGAUGAUGUGUGAUUUAAACAUCUGUUUUAACUUAAAAAUUGAAUAUUUAACAUUUAAUGUGCAUUAUAUAAUCAAUUGCAGAUAAUUAUAAUGAUGGCUCUUUUACAUUAUUUAUGGCAGCUAAAACUAUUAGUUUAAGAAAAUUACUUCGAUGCAUUAAACAAUAUGCUGACAAAAACAUAUUAUCCUCCUGAUGUUCAGUCAUUCUCAAUGUAUUCAUUUCAUGCAACUCUUAUUAUAAAAGCAUGAAUGUUUCUCAUACCAGAUGAUGGCAGGUACAUUAGUAGUUAUGUGGAAAAGUAAUGAAGGUUAUGAAGUUAUGAAGGAAAAGAAAUGAAUAAUAAUUUACAAUUAUCCCCCAACAUGAAGAUUGCAUGUUCAGACAGUAUUUUGCAUUGAACAAUGAAGAGAUGCGCUUGACGUGCAUAUCAGAUUUUGUAAUUGUGAUGACUGUGAGUCAGACGGUUGAUAUGAAUUUUUAGCAUCAUUAUAUUUUAAGAAAGAUUCCUUAUCAGUAUGCAGGAAGAGCAGAACAGAAUAGUGUUCGCCUACUCAAUCUGUCUCUCCUGCUCUCUUUAUUUCUCUGUUUCUGCUGAAACAUGCAUGAAAUGAGACCAUCAGAUCGGGUUCAUAUGUAAUUCAAUAGCUGAAAUUUACAAUGAAAUAGCAUUCCAAGCCCAUUUUAUUUUUAUAACAUGACAUUUCUGAUUGAAACAUCAAAUGAAUUCAAGAUUUUAUCGAUUGGGUAAUAGCUGGAUGGUGAAAAAUGUAAAAUAAAUAAAUAAAUAAGACGAUAAGCAAGUUAGCACAUUUUGAUGAAUGGUUACAAAGUCAAACAUAUUUUUCACCGGAAUAACUUUAAUUAAUGAAUCAUUCACAGCAGGGUCAUUAUAGUUAACUAAAAAUAAAAUUAAAUAAAAAUGGUAAUGGGAAAUUAAAAUUAAAUUAAAAAAGAAAUCUAUAUGGACAUAAAAAAAAUUAAUUAAAAUGACAAAAAUGCAAUACUAAAUACUAAAACAUUAAAUAAAUGUAAAAAUUUAAAUCAGAAAAAAAAAAUAUUAUAAAAAUUAUAAAAUUAUAAAACUAUAAUAGUAUAUUACUAAUUAAAUAUCACUGGUUGUUAAUAACAAUUAGCAUAAAUAUUUGCUUUUAUAAAAAUGUUUACUAAUAAAUUAUUUUAUUUUUUAAAUACAGUUAUUAAAACACUAUACAUAUUUAAACAUAUAUUAAUAUUCACUUUUUUUUUUCUUUGUCUUUUUUAUUUUUUAAAUAGGAAUGCUUUUGGAUUUCAUGUUGACUUCAAAUCAAAUGACACUAGCAGUUUAAGCAGUGAUUGAGACCAAGCAAAAUGAUCCCUCAUUAGGACACCACUUUAGUCACCUGUGAGUAUUUGGUCAGUAAUCUAGACCUGGUUACCUGGUUAUCAUUCCUCACAAGUCUUCAUCUCAGACUUAGGCCUGCCCCAUGUUGCCUGUUGAUUUACUGUAUGCAAAUGAUCCUUCUGGUUGCAAGUUGCACAUUUAUAACAAUGAUUGUACUUUUAUAUUUAUUUUAAAAAGAUCAUAUCUAAUGAGUCACGCAUAUAAGAAAUUAAAAUCUAUUCUAAGAA